GCGACAUGGCGGCGGCGAUGGUGUAGAGCCCGGCCCGGUAGUCCCCGGCCAGUGACGGACACAGGGUCCGGCAUGGGCUGGCAACUGGCUGUAAUCCUCCGGCGGGGGGUGUGGGCGGCGAUAACUGGCGGCUGUUACCUGGAGCCGCAGCAGAGCGGCUUCUCCAAUACUUUCCACCUGUACGUAUGGAUCGCGCUGCUCGGAGCUCCGUUCGUCCUGCACCUGGCUGCAUCUCCUAGCAAAGUCGCUCUUGGAAUUUACUGUGGUUUGAUAGCUCUCCUUUUUACUGUGAUAAAGACGAUUAAUUAUCGACUUCACCUUAUGUUUGAAGAUGGAGAAAUAAUACAUCAGAGUACCCAGGCUACAUCUUUCACAAAGGUUAAGACUGGAUCUGGAGGACAGCACAAUGAUGAAUCAGAAUUGAUGCUUUCUGUUAGUCCUGGUCGCAGGUAUCAUGUGCAAGAUAUCCAACUGACUGAAUUCAGUAAGGAUAAGUCAACACCACCAGUCCUCCACAGCUCUUGGCAGUCCAUGCUUGAUCCUGCAGUCAGUGAUGAUUCGGAUCUACCAACAAAUCCAAAAGAUGCAGAAGAACUCAAAGAGAAAGACUUCAGAAGACUUACUGCAACUCAGGAACAUAAUGAUACUCCAAAUGAACUCCCUUGCAAAACUCCAUUAACUUUAGACAAGGAAAAGAAAGAUCACGUGCUGGACAAAACAACCCCACUGAUGCCUUCCGAUUCCCCAGUCUGUUUCCAUCAGUCGAUAUCUCCAGAUGUAGAACCCAGUGGACAAGGACGGUGUGAAUCAGGCAACUUUGAAGAGCCGCCUUUGCUCCUUGCACCAUCUGUUCUGCCAGGCCAGUCAGCUGUUGGUCCACUUAUAGAAAAUGCUGAGAAACCCGACUCAUCUCAGAUUUGUGCAGUUCCAGAUGACUCCAGGACAGCUUUCACCGAGCUGAACACUAUGCUCCAUUUUCCAAAGCAGCAGGAGUCUGCAGGACAGUUCAUAACUAAAUUAAACCAGAGCCAUCAAUGUUCUGAUGUGCUGGAUACUGAAUGCAACUUGAUAGUGAUCAACGGUGGUAACUCUGAACCGGAACCAAUGUACAGCGUGAGUAGUGUUAUCGGUGAAAAUGUGUCCUGUGCAAAAUGUGCCAGUCUCUGUAAUAAAACUCAGGGGAAUAUUGCUGGUCAGAUUGACAGCGGGGAUCUACAGCCUGCAGGUGAAUUGGGUACCGAUCUCACAGAGCAAGAAAAUCAGGAGGAAUCUGAACAUAAAGAACUUCCAACUAACAGCAGUUCUUUGGUGAAACCGACAGAGGACAAAGAGAUGGAAGUUUACCCUGACAAGGAUUCCACCACGUGUCUGAUUUGCAAUGUGGAGACCAGGACUAAUCAAAAUAAUUCUACUCCUGAUACUAUGCCAAAAGGGCAAGAGUCUGAUUUAUUAGACAAUCCAGUUAUUGGAUUGGAGCCACCCGAGGCUGUGAGAAGUGUUGACACUACUAAUAAUACUAACGUAAAGCCCUCAUCCUUUUUAUAUGUUAAUGUAAGUAAAGGGAUUCAGGUGUCAGGAACUGAUAACAAGUCCAUAUCAAGAUCCGAUCUUGUCGUCAGACCAAAGUCUUCCAGUUUUGUUAGGCAGGCGCUCUCCAUUCACCAGUAUGAUAAGCAGAAAUCACGGAAACAGAUAGACGUUGGUUUGGACUCCAGCCAUUGUGCUGGUAAUGCAAACUGGGUCACUACAGCACUGUCCAAGGGCAACAGGAGUGAAGAUGAGGACACAAAUGACCAUACUACUUUGAGCAGAUCCUCAAGUCUGCAGUCUCAUCACAAUAUUUCAAUGGAUACCUCUUCUAGUACCAAUUCACGGUCUUGCUCUUCCCCAGACCACAUUUAUCACAACUACCAGAACCAAUGUCGGCAGGGUGAGCCAAGAGCAGUGUCCGAGUCAUUUUUGAAAGUCAUGCAUUGCCUGAUGGAAAACCAAAGGCAACAGGAACAGCAAGUGGCAGCUGAUGGCUCCCGGAAAGCACACAUCAGGGUCUUUAAUAUGGACGGGGGAGCAGAUGUGGUCUUCAGCAGGGCAUCUGGAGGUAGUGCCAACAAUCAGGGAAGGACACUAACCACCUCAAAGUCGGACCUUGAGGCCAAAGAAGGGCAGAUCCCGAACGAAUCAAACUUUAUAGAGUUCAUAUCUCUGUUGGAAUCGAUUAAUAGUUCAAGAAUGAAUGCAGUAAGCUGGGCAAGUGACUGUCCAGAGGAGGGCGCCAUGGGUGGAGUUAUGCUACCACUAGAAUCUGGGCCUGGAAACACGAGGCUGCAAGGCCACAACAGUCAACAGAGGAAAUCAGGGAAACAGCAGCGGCAGAAUGGAAGAAACAAUCCAAGUCAUUCUGCAACCUUCUGCUCACCACAGAGCUCACAGGAUAGUGGGCGAAUGCAGAACCAUUCUGGUUCAUUGCACUGGGGCAGUGUAGGGUGUCCAAGUGUCGGUCCAAGGCACGAUGCUUCAUCACAUCACGAUACUUCCAUUGGGGCAACACACUUUUUUGUCGAUGAACUCGGAGAAGUAAGGUCGUACACAUUUGGGCCCAAGAGCAGAGGUUUUGAAAAUUCUUUAUAUCAUCAAACAAGUUCAGAACACAUUCAAAGUUCAUGGGAUCAUCAGUCCAACUCUUCCAGUUAUGCUGCAGCUGAUGGACACAACAGGGUCGAGGAAAACCCUGAUGAGCCACGCCAUCGACACCAGCCAGUCAUAUUGCGGAGAAUGCGAAUUAGAAGAUAUUCAGAGGCACGACAGGGAGCUGGAGAUCGUGAAUCAGCUGUUAAAGUAGAAGAGAACUCAAGCUGCAGACAAUCUUACAGAUUUUGGAUCUUACCUGGAAAGUGGGUGGAGAUUCAUUAUGAUCGUCUGGCUUUGAUGACUUUACUGGACAGGAAUCAGGGCAUUGGAGAAAAUGUGUUAUCAGUUUCCUUGGCUGUCCUCGUUGCCCUUCUUGGAUUCAGCCUUCUUGACAAGGGGUUUUUCAAGGACAUCUCUGUUUUGUGCUUCUGCCUAGUUAUUGCUAGCUGCCAAUACUCCCUGUUAAAGAGUGCUCAGCCUGAUCCUGCUUCGCCUGUUCACGGACACAAUAGAAUUGUUGCAUACAGCAGAUCUAUUUAUUUUUCCAUCUGCUGUGGCCUUGUGUGGGUUUUGGAUCUCGGCAGUAAAAGCACUCGACUUCCAUCUUCUACUCUGUAUGGAUUUAGAUUAAUGUCUGCUGAAAAUUUUGCAACUGCCAGAGAUUUUAUUAUCGGGUUCACACAAUGUUUCCCUCUCAUUUUCCUCCUGGGUCUUCUUCCACAGAUUAACACUUUCUUCACAUACUUGCUGGAACAAGUAGACAUGCAUAUAUUUGGCGGAUCUGCUGCAACAGGGCUAAUCUCCUCGCUCUAUGGCUUUUUCCGCAGUUUACUUGCUGUAUGCCUGCUGUAUGCUCUGUGUAUUGGUACCGUAGAGGGACCAUGGGAUGCUCAGCAUAUUCCAACCCUAUUUUCUGCUUACUGUGGACUGUUGGUUGCUUGUUCCUAUCACCUCAGCAGACAAAGCAGCGAGCCAGCAGUGUUGGUGUCCCUCAUUCGCUCUAAAUUGACCAAUGAAUUGGAAGUCCAGGAUCCUGAACAUCCUCUAUCAAAAUACAAAGAUGCUCUUCCUGAGCAACUCAGGAAUUCUGUGAGGGAAGUCUUGAAGUCUGAUCUUGUCAUGUGUGCAGUAAUUAGCCUCCUGACCUUUGCAAUCAGCACAACCACUGUUUUCCUUUCAUUAAAGCCAUUUCUUAGUUUUGUGCUGUAUACUUUGGCUGGGACCGUCGGAUUCCUGACACAUUACCUGCUCCCGCGACUCCGCACACAAGUUCCAUGGUUCUGCUUUGCGCAUCCUUUGCUUAAAGCCAAGGAAUAUAAUCAGUUUGAAGUCCAAGACGCAGCCCAGUUGAUGUGGUUUGAACGAGUAUACGUUUGGCUCCUGUGCUUGGAGAAGUACGCUAUUUACCCAGCUGUGGUUCUCAAUGCACUCACCAAUGAUGCUUUCUCUCUCAGCAGUCACAAGAAGCUCGGCAUACAUUGUGAUGUUUUCAUGAUGACGGUGGCCAGUAUGAAGCUGCUACGCUCCUCCUUCUGUAACCCAACGUACCAGUAUGUUACGUUGAGCUUUACAGUGCUCUUCUUCCAGUUUGACUGCAGAAGCGCCUCCGAGACAUUCUUGCUGGAUUUCUUCUUGAUGUCAAUCAUAUUCAGUAAGCUGUGGGACUUACAACACAAAUUGCAGUUUAUUUUGACCUACACUGCCCCUUGGCAGAUUGCAUGGGGCUCAGCCUUCCAUGCUUUUGCUCAGCCCUUUGCUGUGCCUCAUUCAGCUAUGCUUUUUACCCAGGCCCUCGUGUCUUCACUCUUUUCCACUCCUCUUGCUCCAUUCCUCGGAAGUGCCAUUUUCAUUACAUCCUAUGUCAGGCCAGUGAAGUUCUGGGAAAAGAAUUACAACACCAAACGGGUGGAUCACUCAAACACCAGGCUGGAUUCACAGAUAAACAGAAGUAUGGGAGCCGAUGAUAACAACCUGAAUUCAAUCUUCUAUGAGCACCUGACUAGAUCACUGCAGCAGAGUUUGUGUGGUGACUUGAUCCUAGGUCGCUGGGGAAGCUACAGCACUGGAGACUGCUUCAUCCUGGCUUCAGAUUACCUCAAUGCACUGGUUCAAUUGAUAGAGAUUGGCAAUGGCCUCGUAACUUUUCAGCUCAGAGGACUUGAAUUUAGAGGUACAUAUUGCCAACAGAGGGAGGUUGAAGCGAUAACAGAGGGAGCUGAGGAUGACGAGGGUUGCUGCUGCUGCUGUGAGCCAGGGCAUUUGCCCCACAUGCUGUCAUUCAAUGCAGUUUUUAUCCAACGCUGGCUGGCCUGGGAAGUCACUUCAUCCAAGUACGUUCUGGAAGGCUACAGCAUCAGUGACAACAAUGCAGCGUGCAUGCUACAGAUGUUUGAUCUGAGAAAGAUGCUCAUCACCUAUUAUGUAAAGAGUAUAAUAUACUACCUGAUUCGUUCCCCAAAGCUGGAGGACUGGUUAAGCAAUGAAUCCAUACAGGAAGCUCUGCAUCCCUGCACAGCGUGGAAUUACAUUGACAAGGACCCAGCAGUUUUUAAUAUGAACAUUGAUGAAGACUAUGACCAUUGCCUCAAGGGAAUCUCAAGAGCCAGUUUCUGCAACACUUACCUGGAAUGGAUCCAGCAUUGCAACAGUAAAAGGACAAAGCCUGUGAGCAGUGAUGGAGAUUCCCCUCUGGUAACCCUUUGUUACAGCCUUUCAAUCCUUGGCAGAAGAGCUUUAGGGACAGCUACACACAACAUGUCCAUCAGCUUGGAAUCAUUUCUGUAUGGGUUCCAUGCAUUAUUUAAAGGAGAUUUCAGAAUCACUGCCAAGCAGGAAUGGGUUUUCGAAGAUAUUGACUUGCUGCACAAGGUUGUUGCCCCGGGGAUUCGAAUGUCCCUAAAACUUCACCAGGACCACUUCACCACAUCUGACGAAUACGAGGAUCCCGUGGUACUUUACGAGGCCAUCAAUGGACAUGAGCAGACAUUGGUCAUCUGCCACGAGGGAGACCCAUUGUGGUGCCAGUCCAUCCUUUCAAAUGCAGCUGCUCUGCUUGCACUCAGGCACGUGGUAGAUGACGGGGCCAAUGAAUACAAGAUCAUUAUGCUUCACCACCGCUUCCUCAGCUUCAAAGUGGUGAAGGUGAAUAAAGAGUGUGUGAAAGGGCUGUGGGCAGGACAACAGAUGGAGCUGAUAUUUCUCCAGAAUCGCAACCCGGAGCGAGGCAGCAUACAGAAUGCCAAGCAGGUCUUGAGAAACAUGAUCAAUUCUUCCUGUGACCAACCGAUUGGCUACCCAAUUUAUGUGUCACCUCUUACCACUUCCUAUGCGGGCACACAUAAACAGCUGAAGAAUGUCUGGGGAGGUCCAAUCAGUUUGGAGAAUCUCAACUUGUGGUUCACUUCCAGGUGGCAGAAGUUGCGCAAGGGCUGCACUGGAGGCAACAUUGACGAUUCAGAUGGUGGUGGGGCUUCCAUAUCCAGCAGCACCAAUCAGACCGAGCACACCGUGCACAGCAUCAGCUCUAAGAAAGCACGAGACUGGAGGCCACGUUCGACAACCACACAAACUGCUCGCCCACCAAGAAGUCAACGAGAACAAAGGAAUUCUUCAGUCCAGGUCCCUUCAUCACAACAAGAGUGCCAACAGCUACCCACCACCAGUCAGUCAGGCUCUGUACUUGAAACUUCCCGGGUGUCAUCAUCUGUCCAAGGUGUGGUUCAAAGAUUAUCCAACAGCCAGCUGUCCUUCAAUAACUCAGUAGCUUCCAUGUUAUCUCAAGUACCUCGACUCUCCACCGCAAGCAGUCAGGGUCACUCAGGGACGCAGAACUUGUGCAGUGUCAAUUCUUCCACCAGCUCCACCUUCAGCCUAUUGUUCGGGAAGAGAAGUUUGUCCAGCGGACUCAUGAUUUCUGGGCUCUCUGCUGCAGAAGGUGGAAACACGACAGACACUCAGUCAUCCAGCAGUGUGAACAUCGCACUCGGACCGUCAGUCAGCCAGACAAGCCAGAUGGCAAGGGGAAGCUCUGAUGCCUGGUCUUCUCUGGAUGUUAUAAGCUCCAGCCAGCCAAAGGACAUGGCACACACAGACGAUGCAUUACUCACUCAAAGUGCUGACCCAAAGGUGAAAGAUGAACAGAGUACAAAGAUCUCUCAGCCAGUCCUGGACCAGAAUCACCAGUGAUCACUUAAGUGUUAAUAGGAGAUGCUUGGUUCUUUGUAUAGUGGUGAAAUCAGUGUAGAGUAAGAUAUUAAGAGCGAGGGAAUUAGGGGAGAUAACUCUCCUACAUCCAGGAAGGAAAACUGCAUUAAACUACAAAAUGGAAAACUGCAUCAAACUACACAAAGGAAAACUGCAUCAAACAGAACAAUUUAAUGGAAUUAGUCAGUAUCGAAUGCUAUAAGUUGUUUUGUGUGAUGAAGUUAAUAUAGUUUCAUUUUGAAUGUAUAUUUAUUCCUCCAUCUGUGUUGCUCUUACAUCUUUCUGUAUUUUUAUUACAUGUUUCCCCAUAGCAAACAUGUUAAAGAGCUGUACUGUAUCCAUCUUACAGAAGAUAUGAUGUGAAGGGUGGCAAUUUUUGUACUUGUACACAAAGAUAUAAAUAACAGAAAACAUCAUAUAACCAAUCGUCACUCAGUUCUGGAGAAAUUUUUGGAAUUAAUAUUUAUGAAGUCAGUGAUCAGGUAUGGAAAAAUUCAAUUUUGUCAUAAUUACAGUGUAAAAAAUUACUUGUGAACAAAAACAUUGAAUUUCCUAAAUUUACUAAUUCACCAAAUGCAUCUAGAUAGCUUGCCAAAUAUGGCCAUGUAAUUUACAUAUGCUGGAUUAAUGAGAGCACAGUAGGCGCUCUGGCGAUGUAAUGACCACUUUUAGAACUGAUUCAAUUAGUACAUUUGUUCCAGGGAAAACAUCCUGCCUGCCAGUGAUACCAGUGCACAGAUUUUCAAAUAAAUUUCACCUUAUAUUUUUUUGUAGCUAUUACAACUAAUGGUGCUCAAGGGAGAUUGGCUAUGUGGAUCAAAGUACAGCUUGAGAACAGAAAGUAUAAAGGAACAACGAUUUUUCUUUUUGCAUUUGUGUGUGGUGUUGUGGUCCAAGGAUUACAUUUUCAACUUGCAUAAUGAUUUCAACAUGUUCUUGGGAGGAUGGCAUGGAAAUUUACUGUUGAUCCUUUAGCAGCAUGUGGAAACUAUAAGAAGGAAUGCUGGAGGACAAGGAUAGGAUAGCAGAUAGCUGACAGAUGCAAUUGAAUUCAUAGAAGUGGGAAGCUUAUCCUAAAUGUAAGACCUGUAGAUGUCCAGAACUGGGUUGCAGCACAAUGUUACCAGAGCUCUAAUUUUAAAAAGCCAAAGUGAAAUAAAGACAAUUAAGAUUGGAAUGUUUUAAUGUAUUGAAUGCUGAAAUAAGAAAUAAAAUUACCCUUAGUUAUUAAACUGUCAUAAAUACACACUGGAACUUUUGGACAGAUUUCAAAAGCAAGCAAGUUAGGAUAUAGCUUUUAUCAUUUAGACUGUCCCUAGGACUCUGCGUCCAUUUCUGGGCACCAGAUCUUAGAAAGGACGUCAAGGCUUUAGAGAUGGUGAAAGAUUGCUAGCCGAGGACACGGACGUUUACACAGUAAAAAGUAAAGGUCUGGAAUAGCUUGUGUGAAAGGGUGCUGGAAGCACAUUCAACAAAAAAAGGACAGGAUAUGAUUGAAAAGUAAAAAGAAUGCACUGCAGAUACAAAGUGCAACUUAAUUAUGGAGAUAUGGGGAGAUAACGUAGUAAAAUGGACUGCUUCAGUUAUAGCUAAUUGUAAUGGAAGUAUAAAAGACUAAGCGCUCUUAAUGCUAUAUUUUCUGGCUGUGGGAAGGAUAUAAAUAUACUGUAUCUGCUGACUAUACUACUUCUCAGAGAUCAGUGGAGGGUGUGGCAAAUGAUUAUGCAUUGACUGCUUGACUCCUUACUGAAACCAAUUUCCAUCUCCACAGUUAUGCUCCCCCUUCCAGUGUGGUCAUUUCUCAUUGUUUAUUCAUUAACAGCAUUAUUUGCCCACUACUAUGCCUAUAAAAACAACUUUCUUUAUAUGGUGCUUUUAAAGUAGAAGCAGGUCCCAAGAGACUGAACAGAAGCAUGAUAGUAGAGCAAUUCAACUUUCCUCAGGAUUUUGGCUGAUAAACAUUGAUACCAAUCUUAUUCAUUUGGCAAAAUUAUAUUGUAGAACUGUAAAAAACUAUGUCAGCUUAUAUUGUGUAUCAUGUGAUGCACUGUGAAACAGACAAGUCACUUUCUGCUGGUGAAUUAAUACAUUAUUUCA